GUCAAUCAAACUGAAACUGGUUCGGCAGUAAACGGUGGGAUAUUCAAAAUCUAUUAAACAAAGUUUAUUUAAAUAUUUUACUAACUCAAUGUGAAUGAUUCUUAUAUUUUGUAAUGAUGAAGUUUGUUUUCUAUUUCACCGUAAUUAGCACGGUAAUUUUUCCACUCGGCAAGUGUUAUAGCGAAGAGAAAAAUGUAAACAAUAAUAUGAUUAUCAACGCCCCUUUUGAAAACUUUGAAAGAAAAUUUAAACCUGAUUGGAAAGACUUAGACACAAGACAGCUACCAAAAUGGUAUGACGAUGCAAAAAUCGGAAUAUUUCUUCACUGGGGUCUAUACUGUGUACCAGGAUAUCAUUCGGAAUGGUUUUGGGCGUAUUGGAAAGGUGGCGACAAAGAAAUUGUUAAAUUCAUGGCUGAUAAUUAUCCACCUGGUUUCACAUAUCAAGAUUUUGCACCAAUGUUUAAAGCAGAGUUCUUCAAUGCCAGUGAUUUUGCAGAACUUUUUCUCAAAUCUGGUGCUAAAUAUGUAGUUCUAACUAGCAAACAUCAUGAGGGAUAUACAUUAUUCCCAUCAAAACGUUCAUUUAGUUGGAACUCUGUAGAGACUGGACCGCAUCGUGACCUUGUUGGUGAACUCUCAGAAGCUGUGCGGCAGAAAGGGUUGAAGUUUGGAGUUUAUCAUUCUUUAUAUGAAUGGUACAACCCUAUAUAUUUAGAAGAUAAGAAAGCUAAUUUCACGACACGUCACUAUGCUGAAUCGAAGUUGUGGCCAGACUUGAAACAACUCGUGAAUGAUUAUAAACCUUCUGUUAUUUGGUCUGAUGGUGACUGGGAAGCCAAUGAUACUUACUGGAAAUCAACAGAUCUAUUAGCAUGGCUUUACAAUGACAGUCCUGUGAAAGAUGAAAUUGUGGUUAAUGAUAGGUGGGGCAUUGGAACUAGUUGUAAACAUGGUGAUUUUUACAACUGUGCUGAUAGAUAUAAUCCAGGAAAACUUCAAAAUCACAAAUGGGAGAAUGCAUUUACAAUGGAUUUAACUUCGUGGGGUUAUAGGAGGAACAUGGCAAUACAAGAUGUGAUGUCUAUAGACAAAUUUCUUUUUCAUGUCAUCUCAACAGUUAGUUGUGGAGGUAACGCACUUAUAAAUGUAGGUCCAACCAAAGAAGGCACAAUUGCACCAAUAUUUGCGGAGAGAUUAUUAGAACUCGGCCAAUGGCUGAAAGUGAACGGUGAAGGUAUAUACGAAUCCUCGCCUUGGAUGUCUCAAAAUGAUACCUUCAAUCACUUUGUUUGGUACACAUGUAGAAAGCAGCAAUAUAACGCGUAUCGGCCAACAGCCAGGCCGAAGAAAAGUGAUACUGUUACAGCUAUAUAUGCAUUUUUCUUGAAGUGGCCUUCCAACAAUAAUGAUAUGCUAGUUAUUGCUGAUAUCACAAAGUACCUCCAAAAAGGCAAUUGGCAAGUCAACGUGUUGGGCUACGAUGAACCUUUGCGUUGGGAGACAACUAACACUGGGAAGACCAAGAUUUAUUUGCCAAGAAUAGAAAAAGUUAAAUCAAAGCACGCUUGGACAUUGAAAUUCAAACCGCGGCAAUGAAACACGAAUAUUAAUGAAGAAAUUAAUAUUAUCGUAUAGAGAUACUUAAAAAAUAAUUGUCACUGUGCCAAA